AUGAAGCACCUCGUGCUCUUGGUGAUGCGGCAAGAUCAUAAGCUCGAAGACUGGAUGACCCAGACGCUGGAGAAUCGCCAGGAGCUGCUGAAGGCGAGGGGGUACAGCGUGGCGACUCUGAAGGACGACAAGAAGGCAGACAAGAAGAAGAAGGAUGAGAAGGAGGACAAGAAGGAGGAGAAGAAGGAGGUCACCCUGAAGCUACCCAAGCCAAAGGACGACGCGCGCGCCAAGUGGAUCACCCACUGCAAUCGGAAUGUGCUGAAAGACUCGAUGGUCAGCACGGCUUCUUUGGAGGAGGAGACCAUCAAGACCUUUGCGAUGCGGCCUGCCUUGGAGUGGGCAAUGCUGAAGCUACACGGCGACGAAACGUCGCUGGCAACUUGA